GUGUGAGUGCAAAGCAGUCCCGGGCACAGCACAUCCACACACCCCUGAAGGGUGUGAGUGUGACAUAGAACGAGAGGGAGGGGUAGCGGGUUUCAUAGUCAAUUCUCGAACCCUCUGAAUAAUCGCAUUGCCUUCGAACGGAGAACUGGAGGCGGACGAGAUUCGCACUUACGGAGAGACACCCAAGCCCGUCGUCUACCGCCACACUGCAGCAGAUUGUAGGCUACCGACGCCAGCAUAGAGACCCCACCAUUCAUCAAUGGAAACGACGGUCAUCUCGGAAUAGGCGGAUCGUAAUUUAGUGGGAAAGAGGCGGCUGAAGAGCCCGCUAAACAAACCCUGCUGUUCUCCCUUAUCUUGUAUUUCCAUUUAUCUAAUUACGGUCCGGGUGGAGACUUGAUUUCGGCGCCUUGUUUACGAUCCACAGCACGCGAGGCACCCACUGGUCUGACUGCACCUGGCGCUUCAGACCCAGCACGACUGGAUUUUCAAAACGAAACACGGUUUUCACGCGCGACCGUGGAGGGACUGCAGAAGCGAAGGAGAAGACGUGUCGGGGAGAGGUUUGUUGUGGAGCAGGUUAAGCGUUGGGUUUUGGCCAGAAACCCGUGCCCAGCCAAAGCUCUCCUGUGUGAAAGCUUCAUUAAAACGUUUCAACGAACACGGCGCUCGUGUUUUUUUUUUACCCUGGCUUCUUUUAAUCGUGAUUUGGCAAAUGGGUUAAUUUUCCCCCCCAUACAAGAACGUAGGCUACUACUGCAAGGAGCAAUCAUUGUGUACGCGUGGUAGGUUGUAGGCUAUAAUGUAGUGUCAAACGUGCCUGAAGUUUCUACAUACAUCUUUAGUUUACAAUCAAUCAUCAUCGAUACAAGGCCUUGAAGCGGGACACAUCAAAAUGCCGGCCGGAAUGAAGCCUCUUGAAAAGUUUUUGAAGAAACAGACCACUGCUCUCACCAGAGCCGGUGGCUUCGGGGACAAGGCGACCGGUACGAGUGCAUCUCGGCGCCGAGCCAGUCUUUCCCGUGUCGUUCCGUUUUUCAGGGAGACCUCACCAGAGAGCGGCCCGGCCAGAGAGGUGUUCAGUCCGGAUUCGGAGGAACCGCCGUGCUGGCCGUCGGCCACCGCCGACAUCCGGAGCCCGUCACUGUCCAGUGAUGAGCAGAGUUCCGAAGCGAGUCUGGAAACUAGCUGGACCCCGCUGCCCGCGGACACACCGGACAACGUUGCUCUAGCGCUGCUGGACAGCGUUGCGGGGAAACGAUACGGCAACUGUACAGAGACCCUGUUGGAUGACUUCAUGUUGACACACCCCAUCUUCCUGCCAUCAGACAGGUUUCAGCAGGUUCUUCUUCAGCAAUUUGCUCUGGAGACAGAGGCCCGGGAGGGGGAUGGGGAGGGGGAGGGGGAGGGCUGGUCCGGUCUGGACGGGAUGGAGAGGAAGCAGGCGGUGCUGAGCGUGGCCUUCCGCUACCUGGAGACCUACAGAGACCUGCUGCAGGAGGAGAGCGAACACUCCAACACCUUCCCCAAGGACCUGUACAUGCUAGCUGUCCAGGAGUUGAGUCGUCUUCCUGAGCUGGUGGAGGACGUUCUCAAAUUGCAACGCUGGACCGAGAUCCUGCACUGCCCGGUUAGCGUUAGAGAGAGAGAUGGUGAGGGCAGGCUGGUGUCGCUGUGCCGCAGGUCCGAGGAGGAGCGCGAGAGCAGCAGGAAGCAGGUUCGUCCUCUGUUCCGCCACUUCAGACGCAUCGACGCCUGUCUGCAGCCUCGCCAGGCCUUCAGGGGCUCCGACGAGAUCUUCUGCAGGGUGUACACCCCAGACCACUCGUAUGUGACCAUCCGCAGCCGUCUGUCUUGUCGGGUGGGGGAGAUCCUGGCUCUGGUGAAGGAGAAACUGCAGUACAGCGAGGACCAGCCCACCCAACCGGGCAACCUCAUCCUGGUGGCUGUCACCUCGGCCGGAGAGAAGGCAGUGUUCCGCCCCAGUGAUGAGGCAGUGUUCACCACCCUGGGCGUCAACACACACCUGUUUGCCUGCGAGCCCUCUGAGCUGGACUCCCUGCUGCCCCUACCUGAGGAGAUCCACUGGUCGCCUGGCGACAGCAAAUUACACGACAUGAGCGCUGAGGAGGUAGCCAAUCAGCUGGUCACGUUCGACUGGGAGCUCUUCAGCUGUGUCCAUGAGGUGGAGUUUGUGUGCUACGUGUUCCACGGCGAGCAGGCUCGCUGGCGCCCCCUCAACCUGGAGCUGGUACUGCAGCGCUGCAGCGAGGUGCAGCACUGGGUCGCCACGGAGAUCCUGCAGUGCCAGUCACUGCCCAAGAGGGUGCAGCUGCUCCGCAAGUUCAUCAAGGUCUCAGCUCUCUGUAAACAGCAGCAAGAUCUGCUGUCUUUCCUGGCGGUGGUUCUGGGGCUGGAUAACCCUGCCGUCAGCCGUCUGCGACUCACCUGGGAGGGUCUGCCUGGGAAGUUCCGGAAGCAGUUCCAGCAAUUUGAGAGCAUCGCGGAUCCCUCCCGGAACCACAAGUCCUACAGGGACCUGAUGGCCAGCCUGCGCCCGCCCCUCAUUCCCUUCACCCCCCUGCUGCUCAAAGACCUGACAUUUCUCCAUGAGAGCUGUAAGACCUUCCAUGGGGAACUGGUCAACUUUGAGAAGAUGCAUAAAGUUGCAGAGAUGGUGAGAACUAUCCGACGGUACAGGAGUUCUCAGCUAGUCACGGAUGCAGAGCCGUCUCCCUCCCACCUCCAGACCAAGGCUUACAUCCGCCAGCUGCAGGUGAUCGACAAUCAGAACCUGCUCUUUGACAUGUCCUGCAAACUGGAGCCCAAAGACAUGUGAGAGACGGAGGGUGAGGGAUGGAGAGAUGGACCCCGAGACAGGAGGAUUCAAACUCAACAAUAACUGGCCCUUUUUGCACCUCUCACUUCUUAUCGAACGAGUCGUCUGUCUGUCAGUGUCACCAGCCAGUGAUUAAGACCCUCUGGGACUAACUGACGUGGUGGAAUUCUGUGGUUGUAGGACUCUGCUAUUGGUCAUCCGUAAAGAAGGCGGGGUUCAAGAAUGUGUGUGAAGAACUUAUUGGACGGUAAUUUGAGGAUGUGGAUGAACAACUGGGCCUGCUGUUUACUUGACUCAACCUGUCUCUCGACAACCCCUCAUGCCGUCAGCUGUGUCGCAAAUUCUGCCCAGUUCUCACUGCCACCAAAGCCCCCCCUUUCUCUGUCUCUUUCUCUCUCUCUGUCAGAACUGGCUUCUGGAACAUUCCAGGUUGUUCGGAACACAGCUGGAAUACAGACUGAAGGUGGAACCUUCUAGAAUGUCCAGAUAGAAACGUGUGGUGUAGAACAGGUGGAGGUGCAGGAGUCUGUCAAUGAUGUCGACCUGUCAUUUUGACAACGUAUCAGUCUUUCGAGUGGGUAACUCGGAGCGUAUCCUCACUAACAGCACUUCCCGGCUGUCUUCACGCCAACCUGACUGUCAAGAGGUCUGAACCUUUUUAACCACCAACGCGGACUGCGCCCCCUGUUUUUCUGUCCUCCUUCCUGACCUACACUCAGGCGUCAGACAAUCUUAACCCCGACUCCUCCUCACACCUGACCACGUCUGUGCUACACCUGACCACGCCUGUGCUACACCUGACCACGCCUGUGCUACACCUUUUAUAAGCUGGGCUCGUCCCCCCCCGGACGCCGUCUGCUCUCAGCAGACCAGGGCCUGGACGUCAGACUCUCCUGUUUCUUCAAACAGCUCCUGCUGUUACUGCUGUAACGGGUUGGGAAAAACCUGAGGUUCGCACCUUCAGCCAUAAACUAUCUGAGAGGAUCAACCUAGACAAGGAGCUUUAAUGUUUAAGUAUAUAUUUGGGUGUAGGCUUACUGAAUUUCUUUGUUGUUUGGAAUAGAAAGGGGAUUUCUUGUUUUUGUGAGUAGUUUCGUGGACGGACACUCAGAGUACCUUAGGUCAGGUAAAGGUGCUUCUCAGAGUAUCUUUAUCACAAGCUUCAUUAUGAUGCAGAGAGUUUGAACCGCAUAAUUUCCUGUCAGGCUACCCACAUAUAAAGCUUUCUCUACUGGUUGAUUCAGUGGUUGAUCACUGAAGGUGUAACUUCUCUACAUGUACAGAUCAAUAAUUGGCCAACAUGUACAGACAAUGGUUGGCCAACUUAUUUGUAUCAACAAAGCACUUUGGCCUUACCUCAAGGCUCCAUUUAAUGAGGAUGAAACCAGAGGGAUAUAAUGGUGAUAUUAUUAUUAUUAUUAUUAUUCAGUUUUAAUAUGGCUCAGUUCAGUACAGUUCAGUUUUGUUUGUACAGUACGACCGUUAAGUAUCAUGCUAUGUUACCGCAACGACUGUGGUUGCAGACUUAGUGCUAAGUGUUUAUCGCCUAAGUGAUUUCUUUUUCCUGAAGGGGAUUCAUCAUAGAGGAGAGAUGCUGAGCUAAACAACAACGACUUUCAGAUUUGAUGUCGCUUAUUGAAAAUGGUAUAAACAGAUGGAAAACUUUACACCUGGAACAAACCCUUGGUGAAUCUGACUCUGAGUCUUCAGCCGCUAUAGUGAUGGCAACCUCAUCCCUAUCACCGCAUGUAUCAUGACAUUGUUCUCUAAAAUAUUGAUUAUAGAAGAUCUUGUAUGAGGAGUUUUAGGCCGGAUAUUAUGUCAGCACCUUGGCCAAUCAUAAAGGUCUGAGGGGGUUUAAAGGAUAGCUAAUAUAGCUAACUCCUUGUCAUUGGACUGGCUGGUCAUUCUGUCUGAUUAUUUCCCUCUCAGACCUGUUUGUCCAAGGUGGUGCUGAAAAGUUGAGUAAGUGGACCCAUGGAAGGUGACAUCAUCACUCGUUUGCCUGUGACUCUCUCAGGACCACUUCCUGGGUCGUGACCCCUAGAGGGCUGCCUGCGACUCCUGUAUGAUAAAGCUAUAAUGUAAAUACUUCUACGCAGUGUAAAUAACUAAAUAAUAUGGAGACUCUAUUUUAUGAAUGAGCUACGAAAUGGAUUACUCACUGAGAUUAUCUGAUUUGUUUUGUAAAUGUGAAAAGGUGUGUACAGUUACCUAACGAGCUGAAAGACAAAGGUCUACUAUUGAUGGUUGAUGACUUCAUGAAUUGUACAGCUUGACUAUUUAGUUGUUUUGGUUGUUUUGAUUUCUUAAUUGAGGGUUAGGGGGGAGGAGGGGUAAGUGGGUGAUUCUUGAGUCUUAUUGCGUUUUGUUUUUGUACAGAAGUCAGUGUUUACAGUCAUCAUCUCUACUGAAACUCAGAUUUGAUGUUAUUAGACGUGGUGCAUGGAGUCUGGACCUGGCAGGAGUUGGAGACCCUUGGAUCUGUCCUGAAACGAGCCCUGACCCUCCCCCUUAGACACACCCUCCCCUCCCCCUUAGACACACCCUCCCCUCCCCCUUAGACACACCCUCCU